CCCCCUUCUAUAAAUCAACCUUCCCGGACCUUCUCUGUCUCUCUUUCUCUCCUCUUCUGCUCCCUAGAUCUUGGAUCUCCGGGGUUUUUGGGUCAUUUUGGUAAUUAAGUAGAAGUCCAUGGGCCUUCUCGACAAGCUCUGGGACGACACCGUCGCCGGGCCCCGGCCGGAGACCGGACUCGGCAAGCUCCGGAAGUACUCCUCCUUCACCUUCCGGCCGAGCUCCGGCAAAGAGGAGGCGAUGGACGGAGGGAUUGCGAAACCGGCCGGCACGGAGGAGGAGCCAAAGGUGACGAGGACUAUAAUGAUAAAGAGGCCGACGGGCUGCCCUUCGCCGGGAAACGGGACGCCGCCGUCGUCCCCGGCGGGAUCGACGCCUCCGGUGUCUCCAUUUUCCGGAGGCGGAAGAGAGUGGAACCGGUUUAGAAGGAAAUCAGCGUCGGAUGCAUUUGAGAAAGGAGGAAUGGGUGGUGUCGGACCACGGAAUCCUGCUCCUCCUUACGAGGUGUGAGCUCGACUAAGCUCCCACCUCUAUCCUUUUUUGCUGCUAGACCAACUUCCACUCCAAGCAAGAAAGAGAAAGAAGAACCAACGAGCGGAGAGUGAAUGAGAGAGGGAGACAGUUUCUUUCUUCAAUGUUCAUGGCUAUGACGUAUGUAGAAGUAUGUAACUUUAGUUGCUGCUGUUGGAUGUGGUUUGGUAGUUCAUCAAUGUGAAUAAUGAGGAAGGGAGCUAUGUGCGUGCUUUUGGUCUCUUGAGUGGUUCUAGUGUCUGUUCUUUUCUGUUUUGUGAGGUAGGGUGUGGGAGUAGUGUGAGAGUGCUGGAUGAUGUACUGUGACGUGUUGUUAUAUUGGCAUGUGGUAGCUUUGUUUUGUAUAUAUUGUAGUGGUUGCAGUUGGUGCUCUUUCUAUGCUGAAUGAUGUUACUACUUA